AUGGCCACAGAUAGCCCUGGCGCAUGGGCCCUGUGGUUUCUGAUGCUUGGCAUCUAUUCAAUUGUCACGAUUACAUUCCUAUUUCUGGGUACCAUUUGUGCAGCCCUUGUCACAGUCCACCUGCGCGGAAAGCCCACUCUAGCAUUUCGGCUCACUGAAGACGGUAAAGAGAUCAUGGUGUAUGUCUACAAUGAUGAGCACUGGCUUGUUCACGCUGUCGCUGAUCAUCUUGUCGCACGGAAGACAAGAGUGGAGGACCUAGAGGCUCAGAACGAACAGCCCGGCGUAUUGAAUGAAAAUCUUGAGGACAUACCCCGGCCCUGA